AUCCGAUGAUGUUUCUGAAAUUCUUCUUUUACCCCUCGUAAGGUGUGACUGUGUCACUUAAGUUUUACUUAUUGUUGCACAAAGCAAGAGGCAAGGCCUAAAGAAGUAUUAAUUUACUUUCAACUGCGAAAUGGAGAAAGAGAGAGAAAAUAUAAGUGAGGCCGCCGAGGGGCGAUCAGAAGAGACAGGACAGAGAAAACGGCACAGAGUGUCCAAAGUUUGGGAUCAUUUCAAGCUGAGAAAGAAAGAAAAGUCUGUACAGUGUGUCUAUUGUAAAAGCGAACUAGCCUACCAUAAUAGCACGACAUCAAUGCUUCAACAUCUGAACAGAAAACACCCAGUUUACGCAUGUACUAGUUCACCGAGCGGACUGGACCCAAGUACAUCGCAAUCACAGCGACGUAUGGACAGCUAUGUGUGGACAGCUGCAUCACGUUCAACUGAAGCAGCUGAGCUUACAGACAGCAUCCUGAACAUGAUUGUCACAGACAUGCGCCCGCUAUCUAUGGUGGAGGAUGAAGGUUUUCAGAGGAUGAUUUCCACUUUCAAUCCAAGAUACACUCUUCCUUCCAGAACCUACUUCAUGAAAAUUAUGGAGAAAAAGUAUGAAGACAUCAAAGGCAAGUUGACGAACACUCUUAAGGAGACUGACAGCAUUGCACUUACAACUGACAUUUGGACGAGCGUUGCUACAGAAGCUUAUCUGGGGGUGACGUGUCAUUUUCUUGGGAAGGAUUAG